UCGUUCUUCCAGGGACCUUGUCCCUCCCUUUUUCCUCUCGUUUCUUCUCGUUUACGCCUGUGUCUUUUCUACUCCGUUAUGGCCGUCAUCAACGUGCACAAUAGUGCGCUGGAGCAGAGGGAGAACACGGAGGCUGCUACGAAACAUAUGCCGGCUUCCACCAAGGCUUUAGCCGCUAUCGUUGUACUUUUGGGUGUGGUAGUGCUUGGCAUUGUUGCGUGGAGGGUCGGCAAGUGGCGCAGGACCAAGACCCGUGCUGCGUCCCAGAGCCUCGGAGGCUACGUCCCGAAAGAGGCUAUUGCCAAGGAGUCAUCCGCCCCAGCCCUCGACACCGACGACAAAGCUGAUCGUGAGCUUAAAACUUACAAGUGGCAGCGCAUCGCACUGCCCGCUUCCGCGCACUCGCUUGACAAGACCGUUACGAAAGGCCCGACCCGCUUCUUCAAGCCGUUCAACUUGCGCCCUGCGCCGCUCCCCCUGAAGAGUACCCCGCCGACGGCGCACACAAUGCAGACCCCCGCGCCGCUAGUCACUGUGCGCUUCGCCGACAAGGAUGAGAAGGAGGCACGACGCAUGACGCCGCACGUGAACGUGACGAUGCAAAUGCUCAAGUCCGGCGACGCCGCGUCGCCGCUGCAGAGCCCCGUGCGCGGUGUGUCAAUGGGCCCCGACUCGCCGAUGUUCAAGAGCCUCGCCUCGGCGUCGAAGCUCGCCGGCGCGGGCAAGAAGGACCUCCCGCGGCUUAUGGUCGUCGUGAGCACGUACGUGCCGUCGCUGCCCGACGAGCUGCACAUCGCCGUCGGCGAGCCGCUCCGCAUGCACGAUGAAUACGAGGACGAGUGGUGUCUCGUCCAGCGCAUGGUCGGGUCGGACGAGGAGCGUGGCGUCGUUCCGCGCUUCUGUCUCCAAGAGGUCCCCGUUGCACAGCAGCCGCCGCGCACGAAGCGGAACUCGGUCCUCCAGACCGCGUUCCAUCGCUAGACUCCUGCGUCUCCCGUUUGAUGACGAUACGCGCAUCAGCACACGAAACAAGUUACGACGAUGAACAACGCCUUAAAUCUCCCUAAUCAGACACACUGCGCAGACGCCUUAAUCUGUGACGGACUUCACGAACUCGCAAUCCUUACCUUGCGGACGCUCUUCUGAGAAGUCCGUCCCCGAUCUUCAUUCAAAUAUUUAUUUAGUGUUUCGCAUUUUGGACUUUCAUCUUCUGCAUGUACAGCUGCCAUGUUGCCCUUGGCCUGGUCGUACUGAUUUGCUUUUUUCUCAAGUUAAUUUAAUUUAUCCCUAGCAU